AUACUAUUCCCCACCUAAGAAAGUUUUCGGAGUCAUGGUGUGUUCGCCAAUUACAGAGGAUUACUACAUGAUCCUCGAAGUCGAGCAAAAUGCUUCACCUCAGUCAAUUGUUAGUUCUUACAGACGGCUGGCGCUGAAGCUCCAUCCGGACAGGAAUGCCAAGCACGACGCUACUGAGGCUUUCCAAAGGCUCGGGCGAGCCUACGAGACGUUAAAAGACGAGACUAAACGUCGAGCAUACAACCUCAUCUACCCAUCCAUAAGACAAAGUCACCCCCCUCCCCAAAGGACACAAACACCCCAUCCAACUACUGCUUCGACACCGCAAGCAGGAACACUUAGCGAAGCUGCACAAAUAGCCGUGAUUCAAAAGUUGAAACAAGAACGUAGUGAACGAUGGCGGGAGAAGAAGAAUACCUUUAAUUCUUUAAUUUUAGAUCUGCGAGAACAUAUUGGAAAAUUGGAACAAGAAAUCAAGAAUCUUGAUAGUAUUUCUGCUGCUGAGGCAGCAGCAGAUGCACGGAAGAAUAGUUGGGCAACAUGGUUUUUAUCACCAAUAUACAAGAAGGUGGAAGAUAGUGAGGAGGAGAAGGAACGUAAAGAUAGAAAAAGGCAGGAGAGAAGGAUUGAGAAAGAUAUGAAGGAACGGCGCCUGGAAUUCUACAGUGCGGAUUUGAAGAUGCAGGAGAAAUUGUUCCGAAACGCAAAGGAGGAGCUUGACGCUGCGAAUCGAUGUGACGAUGUAAAGAUACAAGCAAUCCAGGCUAGGGUUAUGGCGAGAGAAAGACAAGAGAGAGAAAGGCAAGAGAAAGAGAGGCUAAAGAAAGAGAGGCAGCGACUGGAGAGAGAGAGGUUGGAGAAAGAGAGGCAGAGACUAAAGAGGGAAAGGCAGGAAAGAGAGAGACAACAGGAGAUUGAGGAUCUUUGGAAAAAGCAGCAGAAGGAGAGGCAAGACAAGAUGACAGAGGCAUUAAGGAAACAGCAGAAGGAGAAGCUAUCAGCCGAAAAGAAACAAAAGAAAGCUAGAGAAGCCCGGAACCACUAUGCAUAUCCCAAUACAUCCGAAAGAAAUACUGGUCAGGCUUACACAUCUAUCUGCCAACACCACGGUUGGUGGCCAAAAGUACAAGGACGUAGAAAUUGUCCAAACUGCGAUCAGAACUGGACUUAUCUACUAGAGUGCCCGGGCUGUGAAAUGAAGCGGUGCCCGAAAUGUCAAGCUGCGAUAAGACGUGCAAGGAUGAAUCGGAAAGCCCCUCCCCCAGCAAGAACUCCGAGCCCUGAUUUUGGUUACGACUAUAGCUGGUAAUGUUGAUUUGGAAGGGGAUAUAUAAUAGAACGCUUCUUUACUUCGUUUUUAGCAUAACGUGCUUCGAGAUAUCUUAUUCUCAUUAACUAUAUAUGUACAUCAGGAUAGACAGUAUCUAGUGGAUAUUGCCCGUGGGCCCGUGCAUAGUAUUCUAAGUAUUGGG